ACAGGACCCCCAACGAUACCAGUCUGGGGGAAUGAGCUCCAAAUACCCAAGGCCGAUGGGCACUUCCUCAUGUCGAAAUGGGCUAAACAAUACGGCGGAAUCUUCUCUCUCAAGCGUUUUCGCAAUACCACCAUUGUCAUCUCCGAUUGGAAACUCGUGAAGGAUCUUAUGGACAAGAAAUCCACGCUCUACAGCUACCGGCCGCCCUCUGCAGUUGCCCAUCUUAUUACUGGAGGAGACCAUAUCCUUAUGAUGCAGUAUGGCGAUACUUGGAGGAUGAUGAGGAAGUUGAUCCACCAGUUCUUCAUGGAGUCUAGGUGCGAGAAGGAGCAUUGGGAAGUCCAAGAGGCCGAGGCUAGUCAGAUGCUGUACGAUUUCUUGACAGAUCCAGCGGGGCAUAUGAUGCACCCAAAGCGAUUCAGUAAUAGUAUUACGAUGUCAUUGGUCUUUGGCAUCCGUACCAAAAGCAUCAAAGACGAAUAUUUGACCCGCUUGUACGGCCUCAUGGAGAAGUGGUCGCUCGUUCUUGAAACCGGCGCCACUCCACCUGUAGACUCAUGGACUAUUCUCCAAUUGAUUCCAGAGAGAUUUAUGGGUUACUGGAGGAAGCGCGCGACCGAAGUAGGCGACCUAAUGACUGGCUUGUAUACCGAAGCGUUACAUCGGGUCGAAGACCGUCGAACCAAGGGCGUCGAGAUGAAGUCGUUGAUGGAUCUUGUUCUCGACCAACAAGAGAAAAACCAGUUCAAUGAACAUCAGCUUGCGUAUCUGGGUGGCACGCUGAUGGAAGGUGGAUCUGAUACGUCGUCUUCCAUCAUCCUAGCCAUCUUGCAGGCGAUGACGGAGUAUCCAGAGGUUCAAAAGAAAGCACAAGCGGAGAUCGAUUCAGUGGUCGGCCCCGAUCGUUCACCGCAAUGGGCCGACUUCUCUAAACUUCCCUACAUCAAUAUGAUCAUCAAAGAAGCACACCGCUGGCGACCUGUCCUGCCACUCGGCGUCGUACAUGGCCUCGCUGAGGAUGACCACGUAAACGGCAUGCGUCUUCCGAAGGACAGCACCGUCAUCCUCAACGUCUGGGGCAUGCAUAUGGACCCCGAAAAGUUCAGCCAACCGGAAGAUUUCAUCCCGGAACGGUACUCAAACCACCCGCAACUUGCGCCUGUAUAUGCUGCCUCUAAGGACUGGGAGGUGCGUGAUCAUUUCGGUUACGGUGCCUCGCGGCGCAUUUGCCCUGGAAUUCAUCUUGCAGAACGCAAUCUGUUCAUUGCGGUCUCCAAGUUACUCUGGGCGUUUGAGUUCACGAAGAAGCCUCUGGGUGUGAACGACGUGAGUGCGGAGACGGGGAGUUCCCAAGGCUUUAUGCAUUGUGUGAAAGACUAUGAUGCGAACGUUGUUGUGAGAGGGGAAAAGAAGAAGCAAACGAUUCUGAGAGAGUUGGACGCGAGUCAGGAAGUGUUUGCGAGGUUUGAAUAGGGGGUCUUUUCGAGGUAGAUUUUGGGAACCUGG